ACUCAUGGCUAUUGCUUGGUGAUACCCCUGCCAUCUGAAGCUAAAUCCGGAACUGAGUUCGGUUCUUCUAGCGCAGUGCAUGUCUAUGAAUUGUUACAUUCAACGGUAUUUCUUUCAUGUGGAAAUUUGUGUGAAGUGUACAGGUUGCAGGAUGUUGAUGCCAAAAAAGAACCGGGUUGCUAUUUAUGAAUACCUUUUUAAAGAAGGUGUGAUGGUAGCAAAGAAAGAUUUUCAUGCACCAAAACACCCAGAAUUGGAAAGCAUUCCUAAUUUGCAAGUUAUUAAAGCUAUGCAGUCACUGAAGUCUCGUGGCUUUGUAUCUGAACAGUUUGCAUGGCGACAUUUCUACUGGUACUUAACAAAUGAAGGCAUAGGUUAUUUGAGGAACUACUUGCACUUACCAGCAGAGAUUGUACCGUCAACAUUGAAACGACAAGGAAGGCAAGAGACAGCUCGCCCUCGACCAACUGCACCAAGGUCAGAAGGAUCCAGACCUGCAGAGGACAGGGCUGCAUACAGGCAUGCCCCUCGCACUGGAUCAUCUGGCUCUGACAAGAAGGCUGAUGUAGGAGCUGGCACUGGUGAUGUGGAAUUUCGUGGUGGGUUUGGUCGUGGAAGAGGAGCACCACAGUAAAUUCAUAUUUACUGUAAAAUGUAUACUUUCAUAAUUAAAAAAUAAAUAUAUUGGAGAAAAAUA